AUGAAAUACUUUCAAGUUAUGAGUAAAGACUUUUUGAGAGUUAAAAGAUUGGACCAAGCAAGUUCGACUAUUGUUGAAAGUGAUAAUACUAAAAAUCGGUUUAAUGAAACAGAUAUGUUUAUUGGUUUCUCUUCAGAAGAAGUGAAACGGUGGCAGGACUUUACUUCCAGGAUAAACGACAUAUGUGAUCCUUUGACCGUAAAGGCAGGAUGUAUCAGAUUAGCAAAAUUUAUAAUUGAACAAUAUGGAAAUGAAUUUAUGGAAAAGUCACAAAUAUUCAAUAAAUCGGCUAAACACGCAUAUAAUUAUCUAUUUCAACCGCAAUUUGAUAAAGAUAGUGCAGAUAUAUUCAACUUUAUGUGUAGUUGGAGCCAAGUUACCAUUAAAAAUUUGGGUUAUUCAGAAAGAUCACCCCCAUUAUAUCUUGAUUCAACUAUUAACGAUAUUCUCAAUGAGGAAUUUUCGUUUGAACAAAUUUUAAAUUAUGGUGCUGCUUUGCGUUAA